CGAGAAUAUCUUCUACAAUAUUAGAGAUCCAAUCCAGUUUCUUACUUGCAACAUCACGACCUCAUUAAAAACAGUCAACGGCUCGUCUAACUUUACAAUGGCUGCUAUUGGCUCUCUAGUUUUCUGUACUGACUGCGGGAAUCUACUCCCCGUGUCUAAAGGCAACGUCAAAAAUAUCUUGCAUUGCGACUGCUGCGGCGCUGAAAACAGAGACACGGCAUCCAAGACAACCGUUACCCAAAGCAAACCCUCGGAUUUCCCUUCUGUGCUUCGGCAAAAGCUCUCCAUCGUACAAUCGGUCGAGCGACACAAAAUUCAAACGGAAGCCGUCGUCAACGAAACGUGUGAAAAAUGCGGACGUACCGAAGUAAAAUAUUCAGCAGUACAGCUACGUAGUGCUGACGAAGGUAGCACUAUCUUCUACACCUGCGACUGCGGUCAUAAGUGGAACACCAACAAUUGAGGUUCUCUUAGUAGAGACUCCCUAGUAGAUUUCUCAAGUAUAGGUGCCGAACUCGAGAACAAAUCUUAUAAAAUCAAACCAUGCGUAUCCUUUUUGGUAUCCUGCAGCCAACCCAGACGUAACGCCAGUUUCCAAACCACCAUCUAUGCUACUACCUUUGGAGCCUCCGGA